AUGCCGUUCGUCAAAAAGGUGAAAUCUGGUGCCUACUUCUCCCGCUUCCAAGUGAAGUACCGCCGUAGAAGAGAGGGAAAGACCGACUACUAUGCCCGCAAACGCCUUGUCACCCAGGCUAAAAACAAGUACAAUGCACCAAAAUACCGUCUAGUAGUGCGCUUCACGAACCGGGACAUCAUUGUCCAGAUCGUGUAUGCACGUCUACAGGGCGACUUCGUCUUGACUGCUGCACGGUCACAAGAGCUGCCAAGAUACGGAAUCAACCAUGGUCUCACCAACUGGACUGCUGCAUACGCAACUGGUCUUCUGUGCGCUCGCCGUGCAUUGACCAAGCUGGGUCUUGCCGAUAAAUACGAGGGUGUCGCAGAGCCCGACGGUUCCCUGACGUUGACUGAGGCAUUAGAUGAUGAAGAUGCUCCACGACCUUUCAAGUGCUACCUUGAUGUCGGUCUUAAGCGCACUUCUACUGGCCACCGUGUCUUCGGCGCAAUGAAGGGCGCAAGUGACGGUGGUAUUUUCAUCCCCCACUCCGAUAAGCGUUUCCCUGGGUACGACCCAGAGAGCAAGACUCUCGACAGUGAAGUGCUCAAAAAGUACAUCUUUGGUGGCCACGUUGCUGAGUACAUGGAGUCGCUCGAGGAGGAAGAUGACGAGCGCUUCAAGAAACAAUUCUCCUCGUAUCUCGCAGAUGAUAUUGGUUCAGAAGAUAUCGAGGAAAUCUACACUAACGCCUAUGCCGCUAUUCGUGAGGACCCCGCCUUCCGGCCUACGGAGAAGACCAAGGACUGGAAGGCAGAGAGCUUGAAGUACAAGACGUCCAAACUCACGCUGGAGGAACGCAGAGCUCGCAUCCAGGCGAAGAUCGAGGCCUUCAAGGCUUCAGGAGGCGAGGUUGCUGCUGCCGAGGACGACGACGACGAGUAA